UCAUUGACGACUGACUGUCCGCGAACAAGUCGAGCCCAGAUCAGCCAAGAAGGGAAUCGAACGAAUCGAACCCACUCCGUGAGUGUAUGUAUGUAUUCCAGUGGAUUUCUUCCCAUCGCCAGAUGUGGAUUGUCGUUGUGGGAGCACCGAUAACUUCCGGUCAAGUCAGCAUGUCCGUGAGAUCACACCUCUGAAGCGUUGGCUUUCACAGUCCGGUCCACAUCGCCCUCAGCCCCCCAGUGCCCCCAUCAUGUCCACGGAUGGCGAUCCCCUCCCGUUGAACUCCGGUGAUUCCAACCCAUUGCUGGACACGUUGGCUCCGAUGCCUCUGGCCCCGGACACUGCUGAUCCAGCUCGUGCUUCGGAGGUGGACUCGGUGGGGGUCCAUCCCAACCCGGUUUCCCUCUCGGGUUCAUCUAUCUCGUCUCCCGCCAGUCCGGCAUCGUCACCCUCGGACCCCCGGGUCAAUGGCGGGUUGAGGCGCCGCAAGAUCCGACGAAGAGUUUCCUCCUCCUCGUCGUCCUCGGUGGCUUCGUCGAGUUCAAAUCGCGCCUCACCCACUCCUUCGAGUUCCACAUCAUCGGCAGAGGCCUUUGCCGAUGCUGAUGAGGACGAGGACAGAGGCUCAAUAGAUCAUCAGGAUCCUCCGAACCCUCGUCGACGAUUGGCCAUUGAAGAUGCAUUAAAUCUACCCGUAAUGAAAAAACCGAGCCACGCCCUCAAAGCCAGACCUCUACGUUCUCUCAUGGAGAGAGAGAUGUUUGCCAAGUCCGCUCUUUUCCGUGACCAAUUCAUCGGUUCUUCUUCAUUAGUGGAACGAUUUGAGUUAUCCUACGAGCUCUCCGGCCACAUGGGAUGCGUCAAUGCAUUGGACUUUAAUGAAACCGGAACCCGACUUGCAUCCGGUUCUGACGAUCUCGACGUCUUCAUUUGGGAUUGGGAACGACGUCGUCCGGCUUUUUCUUUCAAUUCCGGCCAUCGAGCCAAUGUUUUUCAGUCCAAAUUCCUCCUUUUCGCCGGCGAUACCCACGUGGUUACAGCCAGCCGAGAUGGCCAAGUGCGGCUAGCCGAAUUAAGUGCCACGGGCACGUGCAAUCAAACCCGGAAACUGGCCCAACAUCGUGGACCCUCGCAUAAGCUCACCUUACUACCUUCUCAGCCCCACACUCUACUUUCUGGGGGCGAAGAUGGAGCCGUAAUCCAUAUCGAUGUGCGCGAACCCAAACCGGGUCGGAAGCUGUUGGUGCAAAAGAAGAACGAGAAAAUGGUCCCUAUUUAUAGUAUCGACUCGAACAAGGCUCAAGAUGAGAUCUUUUGUACCUCUGGGCGUGAUCAAUACAUUCGUCUGUUUGACCGGAGGAAGCCCUCGAGUGCGCUCAAGGAGUUCUGUCCACAUCAUUUGAACGGCGAUAGCUCAAUGAAGACCAACGUGACUUGCGCCGUUUUCAGUCGCGAUGGCUCCGAAGUGAUCGGCUCUUACAAUGAUGAAGAUAUUUAUUUAUUUGAAACAGAGCAUUCAAAUCGGGCGGACUUUGUGAAGCGGUACCAAGGCCAUCGGAAUAGUGCAACAGUGAAAGGCGUCAAGUUUUAUGGGAACAAUGACGAGUACGUAAUAUCAGGUUCGGAUUGUGGACAUAUUUUCAUUUGGAGUAAGGAGCAAGAGAGCAUCGUUCACGUGAUUGUGGAUGCCGAUGAAAAGGGCGUGGUCAAUGUGCUGGAGCCUCAUCCUCACUUACCGGUUUUGGCCACAUCAGGUCUGGAUGAUGAAAUUAAAAUCUGGUUACCCACAUCCAAGAAUCUCGUUACCCAAGAGACCAUCGCCAAGAUUGUGAUAAAAAACCUGCGGGAGAGAGAAGACAGCAAUACUGUACACGAAGUGGAUGGAGAAAUGCUUAUGGAAAUUUGGCGACAAAUUCAGCGUAAUCGAGCGGCUCGGGUGAGGAAUGAGUCUUUCAUCGGGAAGGGAACUUUGAAAGUUCCACAGAUGACGACGAGGAUGAUGAGGAUGAAGGGACGGGAACGGGAGUUCAAUGCCCAACUUCUUAAAUCAACUCAAGAUGCAUUCCAUCGCUAAAUACAUAUGAAUAAGUUUGUUCGUUUUAAGCUAUGGGAUGCUUAAGCGUACACUAUUUUUUAGAGCUACUACUUUCCCCAUUAUCAUGCCAAAUAUACUUAUGUCUCAAAGAUGUCA